UCUUACCGAUCAAAAAUCGUGUGUUUGUAAAGUGUUUUAAUAGAACUUAAAGUUUAAAUGUGUUUGUUGUCGCUGUUGUUUAGCUGCAUUUGCACAGGAGCUAAAAAAAACAAAAACAAACGUUAGCAGCUGCUAGUGAGACGUUCACGUCAACUGAGAUGCGUGGACAUGUGUGUUCUUCUGUAACCUAUUUCACAAACUUGUUUAUGGCAUUCAAGUUAUACUUUGACACGUUUAAGGCGCUCACUGACUCGAGCCUUGAUGACGAUGAUGAUGGUGAUGACAUAUUUCGACGCCUUCGUCGGUCACGUGACCAUGCCGCUGCAGGUGAUCCACCCAACUUUGCCAAACGAUUGGUCUUUUCCGGGGUUUCAGGUUGUUGCACAGAGGACCAAGUGGCAUUUGCUGCUCUUUGUUAAUGAUUGAAAACCUCGAGAAGAAAACAGAGGUAUGUCUGAAGUUAGUCUUGAGGCUGAGUCGGGGAGGACCUCAGCCGAGGAGCCUCAGAAGGAUUGUGAGGAGACAGAGAGAGCUGAGGAGAGUUUGAGUGAGGAUGGGACUCCGGAGGGUGUAGACAGUGGCAGGGGAGGCGAGGACAAAGCCGACGUGCUGUAUGAGAUCAAUAUUAACAGUGACGAAGAAAACGCGGAGUCCCGCGAUAAGGCUGAGGGCGCUCGGCCUGGAAACGGGGGGUCCAGCAGUGUAGGCAGCGAGGCUAAACCCCAGAGUGAAUCGGCUGAAACACCAAACGGAGAUUCUCUCUCUGAAGCAAAGGAGAGCACAAUGGUCGAUUCCCACAGAGGCUCAGCCGCCGAGAUCCCAGUCACCAGCAACGGAGACCUGGAUCAGAGCCCCGAGAGAGUUUUUCAGAGGGAUUCCCACUCCACUAAUCCAGGGGCCAUGACGGUUUCCGAUUCUUCUGUCACCACCAGCAACUUUGCCUCGACAGCAGAGGGCAUCAUUGAAUCAGGGCCACACCAAGGGUCAGCAAGCCUGCCCUCUUCUCCUGUGACCGCUGUAGCUCCCAGCUCGGCUGUCGCUAGCCGCCUGGCGCGCUCCUUCAGCGAUAGCCGGGCAGAAACAGGAGCUCAGCUGAGCAGCGGAGCGGUGGUGCUUUCAGACGACUUGAAGAACCCGGCCAUGGAAAAGCUGGACCUAGUGAGAAAGUGGAGCAUCAACACGUAUAAAUGCACCCGACAGAUCCUGUCGGAGAAGCUGGGCCGAGGCUCCAAGACCGUGGACCUGGAGCUGGAGGCGCAAAUCGAGCUGCUCCGUGAGAACAAGAGAAAGUACCAGAAUGUGAUCAAGCUGGCUCAGGCGCUGGCCAAUCAGCUGUCCCAAAUAAUGCAGACCCAGAGGCAGCUGGGCGACGCCUUCGCCGACCUCAGCCUCAAGUCCCCCGAGCUCCACGAGGAGUUUGGUUACAACGCUGACACGCAGAAGCUCCUGUCCAAAAACGGAGAGACGCUGCUGGCCGCCAUCAACUUCUUCAUCUCGAGUGUCGAGACGCUGGUAGACAAAACAAUUGAAGACACCAUGCUGAACAUCAAGCAGUAUGAAACCGCCAGGAUCGAGUACGAUGCGUAUCGUACGGAUUUGGAGGAGCUGAACCUCGGACCGCGUGACGGCAGCUCCAUGCCGAAGAUCGAGCAAUCCCAGCAGCAAUUCCAGAUCCACCGCGAGAAAUACGAAAGAAUGCGCAACGACGUCUCAGUGAAGCUGAAGUUUCUGGAGGAGAAUAAGGUGAAGGUGUUGCAUAACCAACUCAUCCUGUUCCACAAUGCCAUAGCUGCAUAUUACGCUGGAAACCAGCAGCAGCUGGAGCAGACUCUCAAGCAGUUCCACAUCAAGUUGAAAAUGCCCGGUGGGGAAAAUCCCUCCUGGCUGGAAGAGCACUAAACAGUCCUGCGCGAAAGGCCCGGUUAGCUCAGAUUGAUGAAACCCGCUACGGAAACUACAGAACCCUUCCUCCUCCUCCUGUAACUGUACCGUUGCUGCUUUUCCAACUUCUCAGACUGUACAUUUUCUAACAAAAGGAUCAAACUCCUACACUCCUUUUGUCUAUUCUUCCUUGAACCGUGUCUGUCGUUCUUUCAAAUCAUAAGAGACGCACUUUUUUCCUACUGUUUGACAGAUCUGUCGAAUGGGAGUCGCUGCCGUAAACACUUUUUUUUUUUUUUU